AUUUGUCAAAAGCUUUCUAAGCCAAAUCCAUCUAAACAAAAAGAUCUUGCUGCUGAAUAUUAUAUAUCUACCCAAGCUAUUUCAAACAUAUGGAAAGAGCGAAAUAAAUGGUUAUAUCUUGAUAACAAUAACUAUGAUACACAACUAAAAAAAUUGCAGGCACCAGGAUAUCCACUUAUUGAGAAAGUUAUGAAAAGAAAGCUUCAAUAUACAUUUGCACAACAAUUAACUUUAACUGAUGAAAUUCUUGCAAAACGAUUUGCAUCUAAUCUUGGUAAUCAACAGUUUUAUAUAAAUGAAUUGAUUUCUAAUCUUCCAUUAACUGAUUUACUUAGUGCUAAUGAGUACUUACAUCUUGAUGAUGUUUUGCCAAUUGAAGAUUUUCCAGAUGAUACAGUAUUAAUUGAGCAAAUUUGUAAUGAAGAUAAUAAUAAGGAAGUUCAAUCUGAUACUAAUGAUAAUAACUAUUCUAGUGAACUAUUGCAAGUUUUUUUUUUACAAGAAAGAAGUAAUUUUGCUAAAAAUUUAGUUAAAUUUCUUUUACAACAAGAUGAUGAUUUUGGUGUAUCUGCAAAAGAUUUGGAAGUAAUUAG